UUGCCUUGUCGAGUCAUCGCAAUUGAGCAACUCAGAACACAACUAGACUCCCUACUGGAGCUUUAACCCAGGAGACUCAACAAGGAUUUGCGUCACUUAACAUGGCACACAAUGUACAUGUUGUGGAUGCAUAUCAAGAAAUGGCGUGCAACCUUUGAGUGAAAGCAGACGGAGAAAAAGCACCAGCGCUGCAGCGGCAUCAGCGGGCGAACUUGGGCUUCUCUGCCCGGUGGGAGGUGUCUGUCUGGCGGCUUGCAGCUGCCUGCGCGUCCCGCGAAGCGCGCCGCUGCUCGGAGCUCAUUGUCCCAUCUAUCGGCAGGGUGAUUCGAAGUUAUGGCCGAGCCGUGUUGUUGUUGGCUUUAUCUCUGUCUGUCUGGGCUUUUUCGGCAAGCAUCUGUGGGUUUAGUGUGACGCACUGUCGUGACACGCCGUGUGCGCCGUUUCUGCAGCGGAGCCCCAGCAGGAGAAGAGGAGGGGAGGCUCCUCAUCAAGUUUGUGGCCCACAUAUCUCCUGCAAGAACAGAUGUAACAGUGACAAGGACGGAAUCGGACCAAACUGGGCCAGGUUAGGCCAGGCUUGGCCUGCCUAACCAGCAACCACUUUCAGAGGCCCACAAAGGUCAACUCCCUCAGACCUCUCAGUGGAUCUUGGAUUUCCCUUCAUAUUUUUCUCUUAUCAGGCGUCAUGAGGCCCAGAGAACAUAAUUUGCCUGUCCAUGUCUUGGUGGAUCCUCACUGGAUGUUGGCAGAAGGAUGGAUUUGGGUGUUGAUCUCACAGGCGUCACCUCCUCACAGUUCUUGCACCCCUCCUCCUUAGAUUGCCUGUUGACCUCUCCCUCCCCGGUCUUCAAAGGAAAGCCCCCCGCCAUCUCCCGGGGCUUCCCUCAGCCCUCUAUAGGGACUUACAGGAACUUUAGGUUGUGUUGUUGAACCACUUUGGAUCACAGAACAUUAUUUGCAGGAUGCUCCAUUGCUGUUCCCCCUUAGUUUACAUUUUUAUUGGCGGUUGAGGAGUUGAAACCCGAACAGAAUUCCUCCUUGGUGGUGUACAACAGAGGGAAAAAUGUCAGACAGUAAAAGCAGCAGUAAAGUGGUGAAAUUCAUCGCCCCAGCCCCUCCGUCGCCAUCACUUCAGAACCCCCGCAAGAAUGUGAACAGCUCCGCCAGUUCAGACACGCAUGUGGUCGAGAAGCUGGAGGGGGACCUGGAAGGCCACCCGGAAGUCCAACGGCGGCAGCGGCGGCACACGAUGGAUAGAGACUCCAAGACGGCCGAGCACCGCUUCUUCCGCCGGAGUGUCAUUUGCGACUCCAACGCGACCGCCUUGGACCUGCCCAGCAAGGGGGCGGUGAUCCUCAUGUCGCCGCUGGACUGCGGGGGGCCACCCAAAUUGUUCGCUCCUCAGCCCUUGAGGCCUGGAUCCUCAGAGAGAGAUGGCCGGGAGGCUCUCCAGGGGCCCUCUAUAGAAAGUGCCACCCCUCAGCCUUCUUUAGGGCUUUGUGGAGGAUCUGGAGAGGGGCCAAACCAAAAUGUAGGCAGGGACAGCGUGGCACAUGCUCGUCCCACUGGUAGCGGGGUUGUACAUAGUACAGAACAGGUAAAAGAGCCCAGCACGACAGCAUUGGAUGUCAACAACAAAACGGGAGACAAACAGGAGGACACCACAAAAGACGGAAAAUCGGCCGAGGAGAAGGAGAGGGAAACGGAGCUGGCCAAAGCGCGCGCCGAGCAGCGGGAGGCCGAGAAGCGGGUGCAGGAGGAUAUCGAGGAAGCCGAGACCAAAGCGGUCGGGACGUCGCCGGACGGACGCUUCCUGAAGUUCGACAUCGAGAUCGGGAGAGGCUCCUUCAAGACGGUGUACAAGGGGCUCGAUACGGAGACCACGGUGGAAGUUGCGUGGUGCGAGCUGCAGGACCGGAAGCUGUCCAAGUCGGAGCGGCAGCGCUUCAAGGAGGAGGCCGGGAUGCUGAAGGGCCUCCAGCAUCCCAACAUUGUCCGCUUCUACGACUCGUGGGAGGGGCCGUGCAAGGGGAAGAAGUGCAUAGUGCUGGUCACCGAGCUCAUGACUUCGGGCACGCUCAAGACCUACUUGAAGCGCUUCAAGGUGAUGAAAAUCAAGGUGCUGCGUUCGUGGUGCCGGCAGAUCCUCAAGGGCCUCCACUUCCUGCACACCAGAGCGCCACCCAUCAUUCACCGCGACCUCAAGUGCGACAACAUCUUCAUCACCGGGCCCACCGGCUCGGUCAAGAUCGGGGACCUGGGCUUAGCCACGCUGAAACGGGCAUCGUUCGCCAAGAGCGUCAUUGGUACUCCUGAGUUUAUGGCUCCAGAAAUGUACGAGGAGAAGUACGAUGAAUCUGUAGAUGUUUACGCCUUCGGGAUGUGCAUGCUAGAGAUGGCCACCUCGGAGUACCCCUACUCGGAAUGCCAGAACGCCGCCCAGAUCUACAGACGAGUCACCAGCGGAGUGAAGCCCGGUAGUUUCGACAAGGUGGCCAUUCCCGAAGUGAAGGAAAUCAUCGAGGGCUGCAUCAGGACGAACAAAGAUGAGAGAUACGCCAUCAAGAUUCUGUUGAACCACGCCUUCUUCCAGGAGGACACGGGGGUCAGGGUUGAGCUGGCAGAGGAGGAUGACGGGGAAAUGAUCGCCAUCAAACUGUGGCUCAGAAUAGAAGAUGUCAAGAAGCUCAAAGGAAAAUACAAAGACAACGAAGCCAUCGAGUUCUCCUUUGACCUCAAUAAGGACGUUCCCGAAGAUGUGGCCCAGGAAAUGGUUGAGUCUGGCUAUGUGGCCGAGGGCGACCACAAGACUAUGGCCAAAGCCAUCAAGGAUCGUGUGUCACUGAUCCGGAGGAAGCGAGAGCAGAGGCAGCUAGUGCGAGAAGAGCAGGCGAAGAGGAAACUUGAGGCGGAACAACAAGAGGCACUCAAAGCGUCACAUACACAGGCAGAGGUUGACGAGACAGAGGUGGAGCAACAGCAUCACUAUCAGCAGCUGGGCAUCUCACACACAACUGAAGGAGGCGCGGACAGUGGUCAGGGUUCCUCGCUUUUCUCCAGCGACUGCCCCCAGCUGGGUCAGCUGACCAUGUCCUACAGCUGCCCGCCCGCCAGCCAACCUCAGUCGCAGAGCCCCUACCCCUCCACACCCGGAGGCGUCGCCCCCGCGCAGCAGCAGCACCCGGCCUACGCCCAGCCUCCGCAGCCAGUGCCUGCGUCCCACCGCCGUCGAAGCCGUAGCAUGUCCGUUUGCGUCCCCCCCUCCUCCUACUCCCUCGCCCCCACGCCCCUGGCGCCUCACCUCAAGCGGCCCUUCACCCCUCCGCCAGACCUGUCCUCCUCGUCCUCCCACGCCGGCGCCUCCCCUCGCGCACCUCGCUCGGCCGAGAAGGACACAUUCGCCACGCGCCUCUCCAAAGCCCUGGAGGCGGUGCUUCCUCUUCACUCGGCCGUGUCGUUGCCCAGGGUCAGGCGGCGGAGGGCCAGCCUGCCCGCCCUCUUCUCUAGCCCUCAGCAUUCAAUGGCGCACCCCUACAGUGGAGGAGCGAGCACAGGAGGAGGAGCAGGGGGGAGCGCCCCUCUCCCUACACUACCAGACCCCCCCACUAUUUUCUUCCCCUCCAUCCCCGAACGCCCCAUUUCCUUCUCACCUCCUCCGACCGCCCCCCCAAAGGCGUAUAACACGCAGCGGCGCAAGAGCACAUCUAUUCUGGAGGCUCAUACCCGCCACUUUCAGCCGGCGUACCCCCGAUACGGGAGCAGCCUGCACCCCUUCUCCGGCAUGGAGGGCGUGGACCCGCCCUCUCUCUUCAUGGCCAAUCCCGGUUUCCCUCAGAGACUCGGAUUGGGGGAGCAUCUGCAUCUCCCGGGACAAUCGGAGCUGACGUUCUACGGCUACAAGGACAUGAGGGCGGAACACGAAGAAGUAGUGAGGAGACUGAGUUUAAAUCAAGCGGCCUUACUUGACCAUUACGAAGCCAUGGCGUACGGCGGCUACCCGAUCACUGCGCACCAGCUCGGCCUCUUGAGUUUCCACCAGCAGAGGCAAGCGGCUGCAGCGGCUGCCGGUUUGGGCUACGAUUCCGGUCCUCAGCCAGGCUUCCUGCACCCUCACAUCAUGCAAAGACUAAGCGCGCACAGUCCAAUUCCUCCGCCAGUACCUUCGAUGAACCAACCCACCGGUUGCCCUGUUUCUUGUUCAUCCUCCGACGCGCAACACCACGCGUCACCUUCCACCUACCCGAUGUCAACACCGCCAGUCACAGCUGAUGCGGCGCCGCCUACGGGAAGCAUUUUUGACUACCAUUUAGCCGCCAACGACCCGAGCCUCCUGGCCUCCAGACUGUACCGAGCCCGGAGGAGUUCCAUGGAUCUCCCCCUGGAUGAAAACACCUCAACGGGGUCGGGCGGCUCCGGCUCGUACCUUCGACUCCAGCCGGUAACGGAAGAGAUGUUUUCCUAUGUCAGUCCCGAGCUGCCCUUACCGCCAGGAAGUCUCCUCCUCCAUCACGCAGGCCUAAGCGCCAAAGACCGAAGUCCAGAGCCAUCCAGCGAUUCUCUGCAGUCCUCUGAUGCAGGAGAGUUCCAGUCGCCUCCUCCCUCGUUCCUCCAUUUCGACUCCUCGGCCGCUCAGUCCAUCCCGCGGUCGUCCUCCGCUGUAUUCUGUGACUCAACCGAAAGCCAGGCGCAUCCGCCCUCCAUGCAGUUUUUUCUCCCUCCCACCCCGUCCUCCAACCUGGGAACGUCGGCGGCCCAACAGGAGUCACUCAUUCCGAGUGUGUGGUCCCGACAUGGAGGGGUGGUUCCCUCCCAGCCCGACAUGACGUACCAUGAGUCAUUGCUGGCCAUGCAGGCCAAUAACCCCACACUGCAGGCUCAGGUUUCAACCACCCAGCCAGCCCCAGGUUCCCCGCUUUUAGGACCAUUGGCCUCGCAACUGACCCCUCAAGGGACCCCGCAGCAGCCCGGUGUCACUGGGCCCACCUGUACCGCAACCUCAGCGAGCCUCGUUCCUUCUCCUUCGCCGCCCCCUCCCGUCACCUUGCCGACAGCGGCCGUGGCCCUCCCUCCCUGCCCUCUGCCGCUUCCUGUUUCCCCUCUUCCCGUGCCCGUGUCUCACCCAUUGGCCACCACGGUGCCAAUCAUCAGUGUAGUGCCCGCCCCGCCCGAUACGGUCACAGAAGCCUCUCCGCAGUCCGUGUCUCAGCCCUCCGACCUGUCUCGCUUCCAACUGCAGCCACCCCUAACCCAAGCAUCCAUAGAGAGUAGCUACUCUGAGGGCCUGAGCGAUGGCAAUGAGGGAGGAGGGGGAGGCCGCCACGAGGGCCGCUCCGCCAAGCGACACCAGAGACGUUCCGUGCGGAGCCGGUCGCGGCACGAGAAGAUCUCCAAAGCCAAACUCAAUGUCCUCAAUAUAUCCAACCGUGGAGACAGAGUAGCAGAGUGUCAACUGGAGACGCACAACAGGAAGAUGGUCACCUUCAGGUUUGACCUGGAUGGCGAUAACCCAGAGGAGAUAGCCCAGAUCAUGGUCCAGAGCGAGUUCAUCUUGGAGGGCGAGAGGGAGUCGUUCAUCGAGCAGGUCCGGGAGGUGAUUGAGAACGCCGAUGAAAAGGGCUUGGAGAGGGACGCUAGCAGCCAGAUGAUCGGUGACAUGGCACAGCCGAAUCUUGCUAUAUCAAUCCCCAUGCCAGACACGCCCCCUCGCGCAACAGGACAAGUGGUCCACUCCGCGGGUCGCAAGUUCAUUGUCAGCCCCGUACCUGAGGUCAGGCUCAAGGAAUUCAGCCUUCCCGCAGCUCCCGCAUCCCCUGCAUCUUCCAUUGAACCGGUUCCAACUCAAGGUUUGGGGUUGUCGAAAUCAGCAGGAGCAGUCAGUUUACAGCAAGCUUUCUCGGAACUGCGACAGAACAGGAGCCAGUUGGAUCCGGGACCAAGCACCGCCCCAGCCUCCAUGCACUCCAUCCAUCCUCCACCCUCCUCUCUCGCCUCACAGGCAUCCACUCCUGCAGUCGAAGCUUUAGCUGGCGGCGGCAUUUCUAGUUCAAACCAGGAGGUCUCGGAUGCCUCUCCUACUGCUUCCUCCUCCGCUGCUGUGGUGACUCUGUCGCAGGCCCAAGUAUCCAUUCCUGCUUCAGUCCCUUCCACCUUACCCCUCAGCAGUGUCUCCAACAUUCUCCCGGCGAUGCUCACAUCCCCUCCCCUCUCCCUGGUGACCACACUCCCGGCCAGUGAAACUCCGCUCGAUCAUCGCUCGCUCUCUCCCACAUCAUCGACUUCAUCCACCUCUUCCUGCGUCGUCCCCGCGACCGCUGUGGUUGGUCCUCAGUUUGCUUCCUCCUCCGCAGCUCCCCCACCUUCUUCCUCCAAUGUUUCUUCAGUCCAACCGACCUCGGUGCACUCACAGCCACAGAUAGCUGUCCUGCCUGGGCAGACGCACGCUCACUGUGGUGAAUGUGACUCGAGGUGUGACGCAUCCAUGGACUGCCAAAGCAAGCCGGAUGACAUCCAAGCUCUGGAGAAGAAGCUACGCUCACUCUUCAUGGACCUCGGGGGAGGGGCGGUUUCCCCCCAGGGCGACCUGCUGCCUGCCGACGCUACCUCCGGAGCCUCGGUGGGGGGGACGUCCUCCCCGCUGGGCACCUCCACCACAGUUGCCGGCCCCGGCCAGCUGGCCAGUCCUCCUCAGCCCCCCACCACCCUGGCGCUGGGCUCGCCCAGCCCCGUGGAGGGCCCCAGCACACCUAUCUCCACUUCUGCACCAUCUGUAAACUCUGCCACCAACUUUGGCCAGAACACUCCAUCCAAAGCCCCCUUAUCUAGGGUACCGGCCAGUUCUCCUUCAGAACUCCCGCCGUCCCUCCCUGGAUCGUGUCUCACUCAGUCCCAGCAACCUCUGGAGGACCUGGACGCUCAGCUGAGACGAGCCCUUAGCCCCGAGACUGUUUCUGUUAGCACACCCACACAGGCUUCCCACGGCGCCAUUCCUCUGUCGGGACAACCAACUCCCUUAGCUCUGAAGGAAGACGCCUCUACAACUGCUGCUCCUCAAGCUGGAGUAAAACUUGGGAGAUUUCAGGUGUUGCUGGCCACUGAAGAGCCUCACACGCAGCACCCAGCCUGCACAGAAUCCUCCUCCACCACUUCUUCUUCAUCUUCCUCCACCACUUCCUCGUCAUCGUCGUCGUCGUCCUCCAGUCUCUCCAGCCCGGAAAACAGUUUGCACAAGGGCUCCUCGUCCCCGCUCAGAGUGGGAGGAGCACAGGGUGGAGAUGUGGUGGAUGGACUUCCACAGAAAAUGCUAGGAGUGUCCCAACGCCCUUCCCCUCUCUCCUCCCCGUGCCUCUCGCCAAAGCCCACCGCCACCAUCGGACGCUUCCAGGUUACCACCAAUUCUGAGGCCCGAGUAGGCAGGUUUUCCGUCAGUCCGGCCCAAGAGCAGAGCACCGAACCCAGGCCGAGUCCGCCGCCCCCGGCCCAGGCCGCGAACGGGCCCGCCGAGCCCGCCCACUCCCCGAGUCUGGACGCUGCCCACAAAGUCUCCUUGCCCAGUCUGAACAGCAGCAACUCCUUCAACAACUCCUACAUAAGCAGCGACAACGACUCAGAAUUCGAGGACGAGGACUUCAAGCGGGAGAUCAACCGCCUCCAAGAAAAACACUUGAGUGAGAUUCAGGCCCUUCACACGCGUCAGAAGGAAGAAAUAGACGGUCUGUUCACAAGGCUGGGAAAGGUUCCUCCAGCCGCUGUACUCCCCCCGGUCAUCGCCUUGGCCGGCAAGCGGAGACGACCCACCAAGAGCAAAUCAAGCAAAUCGUCCAGAACCAGCUCCUCGCACGGUAGCAAGAGUCCGCUUCAGCUAGGCAGCGCUUUGUCGGCCCAGAGCGUCCCGGCGUUGUGCCCCGGCCAGCUGGCUCAGUUAGCGCCAGGGGGAUUAGCGGAUCCAGGCGACGGCGGCCGCAGCGGUGAGCGGCCCCUCACGGCGGCUCCCUCCAGCGACAUCCUGUGUUCGACCUACACCAGCUCGGCGGCUCUCUCCGUGCCCAGCUUGUGUGCUACCACCCCAGGCUGCGUAAAGUUGAGCUGGGGUUCCGAGCGUUUGGCCUUCAAGCCUGUCGGCAGGAGGACGCGCUUUCUGAGUACGCCCUGCUUGGCUCUUUGGAAGAUGGUGAAAAAAGUCUGCCCCUGCAACCAGCUCUGUAGGACCAACAGCACCAACGCAGUGAGCAGUUCCGGCCCCCUGUGGCAGAGCCAGGGGGGCUCCCAGUGUCUCAACGUGUCGGCCUCUCACCAGCGCAAAGGAACGUUCACCGAUGACCUCCAUAAACUGGUGGACAACUGGGCCAGAGACCUCUCACAGGGCAAGAAGAGCACCAAACAGCUGCAACAGGCACCAGCACAAGGACACAGCUAUGAGGUGAUCCAGUCCGCCGGUCUGGGCAGGAAGUUCUCCGCCCCGAGCCAGCUGUGCCCGAGCAGCAUGGCCGCUUCCACCCACCUGCCCUCCAACCCGACUACCUCUCUGGCCUCCCGCAAGGGCUCGCUGUGCCAGCCCCCUACCUCCCCUGCGCAGCCCCACCCUCACCCACCACCGCCGCACUUCAUCCCGUACGUGCCCGCCCCGGCCUACACCGCGCAAUGGUCCGGGCCCGCUCACGGGCUCUCGACACCGCACGCGGGGCCCUUGCUGGUCAGCACCUCUCAGCCGCUUAGCCCUUACGCCGCCUCGAUGGGCGGCCAGAUCCCGGGUCAAGGACCCCUGCACACGUUCAUGCACAAGUCGGUCAGCAACCCGGGAGGACCCAACACAAGGACCACGUAGGGGUUAGCGGAGGGCUCGUUGGAACAGCGGCCUGACUGGACUCCAUGGUUGAGGGGUUGAAGAAGAGGAAGUUUGCCAAAGAGGUUUGAUCUUGGGUGAAACAUGGGAGAGCACAACAACACUGAAGAGCACCACCAUUUUGCUCAGUCUUUGCUUGUAGCUCUUCUAGCUAACAUGUGCAAUGUGUGUAUAAAAUAGAGGAGGAACUCUUUUAGCAUUCACUCGGAUGCAAAUUGGCGAUCUUUGAAUACAAUUGGUAGCCCCCCUUCUGCGUCAAAGCAAUAACACAAGAAUCAUUGAAAAAGGCAGACAACAAAGUGAAGUGACCUUCAGAACAACAUCUUCUACAGUUUAUACAUAUUUUUUGUCUUGAUUCCAUUUGAUUUUAUUUCGUGUUGCGCGCCCACACACACACACCCACACCCACACUCACCUCGUCGUUGGCUUUUUUUUAGAUAAAUAUUUCUCUUAAUGAAUGUCAUGAUUAAUGGUUAUUCUAUUUAAAACAAAAAAAUCUGGCAUGGCCGGACCUGUUAUACGCACACAUUGUCGUGUGAUGUGUAAAAACAACACUGUGAUUAUUAUUGUUUUUAGGAGUCAUAAGAAUUUGCGAGAGCAUCCUUUCACUACUGCGCUCCAUUUUUCUCAACAACAACAAAAAAUGCCUUAACCAAUCACAAUUCAGCCACCAUUUGACCUCCAAUUCAAAUAUGGAAUGCUAGCUACUUUUUUUUUUUCCUUCCACAGUACUUAAAUACGACACUUUAAACUCUCUCCUCUUGCCCUGUUAGAUAAAUGUGAAUGUACAAAGCAACAAGUUUUAAUUCGCUUUCUAGUGCCUUGCUUGACCCACCGAGGACUCCCUCCUCCCGUACAAACACUGGAGAGCGCACGAGGACCAUACGAGAGUGCCGUCAUUUUGUCCGAGUUUAGGGAGGACGUACCGUAUACGACAAGGAUUGUAUUAUUAGAAGAAAGCCAUGUUUGUGUUUCGUGACUUCGUCCAUUUGUCAGUCCCACGUGUUCAAAAAUGUCCACUUGAGUUUAGUGUAAUGUUGCCUUUAGCUGAGAAGCCUCAAACGACAAAUUACAAAUGAAUGAACGCAGCAUUUUGACUACCAAGCUGUGAAUAAUAAAAGUCGCGAUGCCCCCUUUUCCUUUAAUUCGCCCUUUUUUUUAUGUGGUCCUGGGUAACCUACAGUGCUGUAAAAAGUAUCCACACCCGUAUUCAAAUACUAGGUUUUGUGAUGUGAAAAAAAUGAGACCAAAGUAAAAAAAAAAUAACAAAUUGAAACCUUUUCCACCAUUAAUGUGACCUAUAACAUGUCCAUCCAUCCAUUCAUCCAUUUUCUGAGCCGCUUCUCCUCACUAGGGUC